GAUAAUACUAGAUUAUUGCAUAUAAAAACCAUUCAACAAAAUGAGCAAAACUAAUAAAUUAAAAAAUAAGUGUCGUACAUGUUUGAAUGGCUCAAAGGGUUUACAACAGCUAACAAAAAUGAUAACCGAAGAGAAAGAUGAAACAAAAUCUUAUGGUGAAUUGUUAAAGGACCUAACCCAUAUUGAUAUAAUGGAUGAAUUAUUUAAUGAAAUGCCCCAAACAAUUUGUGGAUGCUGUGUACGUAAAAUGAAAGCUGCUUACACUUUUAUACAACAAGCUCAUGAAGUCAACGAUAAACUUUGGUCUUUGCUCAAUGAAACGAGUAGUGUUAAUGAAGACAAACCCAUAGAUUGCCUACAAGAAGCUCAGAUAGAUAUACAAAAUUGUUUGGAGAUCAAAAUGGAGGAUGAGGAGACGGCUGAAAAUAAUAAACAGGAGUUAACAAAAAUAGUUGAUGUAGAAUUAAAACUAGAAGGAUCUGAUGAUGGCAAUGGUGCUUUAAAUACAAGUAUAGACAAACUAUCAGGGGCAAUAAAAGUUGAUAUUAAAGAAGCUAUGCCCCUAAAAGAUGUACUCGAAACCACAUCUCCCAAGCAGAACGAAUCAAUGUCUGAGGGUGAAGACGAUUAUGAUGCUGAUGAUAUUUUUGAUAAGGAUUUUCCAAAACCUGACGAAGGAUUAACCGAUAGUGAUAUUGAAUCAGAAUCAUCCAAUGAUUCAGAUUGGGCUAAAGAAACUGCAACUGCUAAAACAAAAGAAAAUAUAUCUAAAGCUAAAACUAAAAAUUCAGUGCGAUCCAAGAAAAUAAAAGAAAAUCAUGUUGAUGAUAAUAUACCCACACCAUGUGAUCAAUGCGAUAGAGUUUUUCCAAAUUCUCGUUUACUGAGUCGCCAUAAACGUCACACACACGUCCCCGAAGAGUUAAAAGUACAGUGUCCCUAUUGUACAGCCAAAUUUGGACGCCGUCAUAACAUGUACGCCCAUUUGAGAACUCAUCAUAAAGACAAACCCAUAGAAGAGCACAUAACACAACAGAGAAAAUUUCCCCGGCAGUUUGCUUGCGAACAGUGUGACGGCACCUAUACCAGCAAAUACUAUCUUCUGGCCCAUAUGAAACUUAAACACAAUCCUGAUAGUGCGCCCAAAAAACCAGAACGUGUUAUAUUACCCAAAAAACGUUUUCUUUGCACGUUAUGUGGUUCCAAAUUUGAUACACAAUCAAAUUUAGAUGUUCACAUCAGACGACACACCGGAGAAAAACCCUUCAAAUGCGAUCUCUGCGAACGAGCCUUCUAUAGGCCCUGUGAUGUGCAAGUCCAUCGUCGUUCACAUACCGGGGAGAAGCCAUUCAAAUGUACAAUAUGUGAAAAACCGUUUGCCAGAUCAAAUAAGUUGAAAAUCCAUAUGCGUACACAUUCCAAUGAACGGCCCUACAAGUGUGAGCAGUGCGAGAAGGCCUUUAAACAUUCGAAAGAUUUAAAUAUACACAAACGUAUACAUACCGGUGAACGGCCGUACACAUGUGGUGUGUGUCACAGUACAUUUACACAAAGUAAUUCGUUAAAAUUGCAUCAAACCAAACAACAACAUUUCGAAAUUAUUGAUCAAGUAGUAUCCUGUUGAAAUAGCAUUUCGCAUCAUUUGUAAAGUAGAUUAAUAAAAAUAUAAUUCAUUUAUUUUUUAUUUAUAAAAAUUUCACU